AUGGACGACGCAACGUCCGACAUCCUCAACGCAGUGGACGAGUCCACUCUCCAGGAUGGUGAUGUGCUACAGAGUCCCGAGAAGGAUGACGGAAAGGACAAGAGCAAGAGCAGAUGGCGUGGUCUCUCUGCGCUCAAGGCCCAGGCGAGCAUGCAGGACAAGCUGCUGGAGAAACUUCUGCAUCAGGUGAUCCCCACCGAAGAUCUCGCGCCCGGCGGCCACGUCCAGGACACACCGGUGCCGGCCGACAGCUUCCCUUCCUACGAGAGCACUCGACCUCCCUUUGCCAUGGCGACCAUGGCGACCAAUUUUACGCGCUUCAACGCCCGCAUCGGCGUCGUCUUCAAGUUCCAGUCCCGCGCUAUCCGCCUCCUCUCCUGGCGCCAGCCCUCACAAACCCUCUCCUUCCUGGCCGUCUACACCCUCGUCUGCCUCGACCCAUACCUCCUCACCGUGCUGCCCCUCGCCGCCGCCCUCGUGGGUGUCUUCAUCCCCUCCUUCAUGGCCCGCCACCCCUCCGAUUCCCGUGAGCUGGCUUACAGCCCCCGCGGCCCGCCGCGUGCCCCCGCCCGGACGGUCAAACCUGCCCGGCAGAUGAGCAGCCACUUCAUGCGCAACAUGCGCGACCUGCAGAACUGUAUGGAGGACUUCAGCCGGGGUCACGACCAGGUGGUGACCGUGGUCGUGCCCAAGACCAACUUCAGCGACGAGGCGCUCAGCUCAGGCCUCUUCGUGGCGCUAUUCGGCCUGACGCUAUUCAUGACCAUCGCCGCGCACCUUCUGCCGUGGCGGGCCAUCACCCUGUGUGGCGGUUGGGCGGCGGUCGUGAGCGGGCACCCGACCGUGGCGAGCAUGAUGCGUGAGACCCAGGCAGCCUACUUUCCACCACCGCAGCAGCAGGCCAAGAGCCUCCUGGACUCGUGGAUCGCCGAGGACAUCAUCCUCGACUCGGCGCCCGAGACGCGCGAGGUCGAGAUCUUUGAGCUUCAGCACCGGGAUGCCUCGAACGGGGAGUGGGAGCCGUGGGUAUUCAGCCCGUCGCCCUACGAUCCGCUGUCGCAGGCGCGCAUCACAGGGGACCGGCCCAGGGGCACGCGGUUCUUCGAGGAUGUGCUUGCGCCCGAGGGCUGGGAGUGGAGCGAGAAGAAGUGGGCCUUGGAUCUAUGGAGCCGCGAGUGGGUGGAGGAGAGGAUCAUCACGGGCGUCGAGGUCGAAACCGAGGGCGAGAGGUGGGUGUAUGACAUGUUCAACGAGAACGAGGGCGCCUCGGGUGUCAGGGAGCAUGUGGACGUCGUCGAGGCCGGCAGCGCGGCGGCCAAGAGGCGGCUUCACCUGAGCUGGGAGGAGGGCGAAGAGGGCGAGGGCCGCAGGGGGGAAUGGAGGAGACGGAGGUGGGUGAGGCUGGUGAAGAGGAGGAUGACAAAAGAGGCGAUCUAG